AUGGCCAAGUGUCACCGGAACAAUGUUGAUCCUCUCAUCCUUCACCACAUUCCCUCCGCUUCUUCUUCCUCCACCUCCGUGAACUCCUUCUCCAGAUCGACAUUCCGCAGGAUGAUCUUAGACGCUAUUAGCUGCGGCGGUAGCUCUCGUUAUCGCCGUGAACUCCGAGAAGACGAAGCCAAAACACAUUUCACAAAACCUACUAGUGGUCCGAAAGCUGAAACGUUCGGAGGAGAUGAUCUAGUGAUGAAAUCAGAGAAGCUAGGCGAUCUGUUAAACUUAACUGGAGCUGAGAACACGAAGAAGGAGGAAACGCUGGAGAUUAUGAAACGCGUGGUUAAGGAUUUACAAGCAGAAGAGACGGACGGAGAGAAGAAGGUGGCAGCUGCGAGUGAGGUUAGGUUGUUAGCGAAGGAUGACACCGAGGCGAGAGUGACGCUUGCGAUGCUCGGUGUCAUUCCUCCGCUGGUUAGUAUGAUCGACGAUGAUUCACCAACCGAACAUGCUCAGAUCGCUUCUCUCUAUGCUCUUCUCAAUCUUGGCAUCGGCAACGAUAUGAACAAAGAAGCCAUAGUUAAAGCAGGAGCUGUUCAUAAAAUGCUUAAGCUGAUUGAGUCAUCAACGCCUCCUAAUCAAGCAAUCUCCGAAGCUAUCGUCGCGAACUUUCUUGGUUUAAGCGCACUAGAUUCCAAUAAACCGAUCAUUGGUUCAUCUGGCGCAAUCAUCUUCCUAGUGAAGACCCUGAAAAGCUUUGAGGAAACUAGUAGCUCGCAAGCGAGAGAAGACGCUCUUCGAGCUCUUUACAACCUCUCAAUCCACAACCAAAACAUUUCAUUCAUCCUCCAAACCGAUCUGGUUCCUUUUCUCAUGAACACAUUGGGAGACAUGGGAGUAAGCGAGAGGAUUCUAUCAAUCUUAACCAAUGUAGUGUCUGUCGCAGAAGGAAGAAAAGCAGUUGGAGAAGCGGUCGAAGCGUUUCCGAUACUGGUCGAUGUGUUGAACUGGAAUGAUUCAGAGAAAUGUCAAGAGAAAGCGGUUUACAUUCUCAUGUUGAUGGCUCACAAGGGAUAUGGAGACCGGAGAGCGAUGAUCGAAGCGGGCAUUGAGUCUUCGUUGCUUGAGCUAACGCUUGUGGGAAGCCCAUUAGUGCAAAGGCGGGCUUCGAGGAUACUAGAGUCCUUGAGAGCGGUGGACAAAGGGAAGCAAGUCUCGGCUCCACUCUAUGGAAUAACAUCUUCUUCGUCCUCAUUGAGUAGAGAGCGGAAUCAUGAGAUAAGAAUGACUGAUGAGAGGAGAGCAGUGAAGCAGUUAGUGCAACAGAGUUUACAGAGCAACAUGAAGAGGAUUGUGAAGAGAGCUAAUUUACCACAAGACUUUGUUACUACUUCGCAGUAUUUUACAAAGAGCUUAACUUUCUGA